AUGGGAAACGACGGUGGAUCGAUUCCAAGACGUAUUGAACUUGUUAAAGAAAAGGCUCGAGAUGUUAAAAUAAACCCAGAUCUUGAGAGAAUAGCCGCAUGGCUUCACUGCGCACUAUCCAAGCUUCCACUUGAACAACCUGUCGUAUCUUGUGGAUUAGGAAAACUAUAUAAUCAAGAUGCCAUUAUAGAAUACCUUUUAGAUCGCAAUGCAUAUGGAGAUGGUGACAAGAUCUGUUCUCACAUCACUUCAGUCAAGGACACAAUCAAACUGAAUUUAACACCAAACCCAAGUUACAAUGAGAAACAAUCAAGUGUGAAAACAACAACAAUGGGUAAUUUAGAAAAAAAUAUCAAGAGCAAAUUCAUUUGUCCUAUAUCCAUGAAAGAAAUGAACGGAAAGCAUCGAUUUGUCUACUUGGGUACAUGUGGAUGCACAUUUGCAGAACAAGCACUCAAAGAAAUACCAAGCAAAGAAUGCUUCAGUUGUGGGAAACCAUUCGAAAGCAGUGAUAUAGUCGUCAUCAAUCCCAACAAGGAAGAGCUUGAGGUCAUGAAGAAGAACUUGGAAGAGAAAAAGGCAAAAGCUAAAGCAGAAAGAAAGGCAAAGAAGUUGACAAAG